CCGGAUGUGGCCGCCUCGUCUCUUGCCAGCUUGAUUAAAACCCGUCUCAGCCGCGUCCAGCUCCGCCGCACAACAACAAACGGGCUCAAACCGAGAGAAAGAAAUUAACAUUCGGGAACAAGUUCCUUUUGUCACGGGUCGCCCUUUGGUGAGGCUACGGGUUUGUGGAUAAGAGGGUUAAUGAACGGACGAAGCGGAAGAAAGAAGAAGAAGAAGACCGGUUCGGAUUUCCUCGGCGGACUUUCGAGGACUGAACGAAGCGAGAGAGCGCAAAGGUGUGCUCGCCGCCGGCCACCGUGAGCUCCCGGGAUGACCCCCGCCGACCCGCCCGCCAUGUUUGUCUAAGGCGCCCCCCCCCCAGAAGCUAGAGACAGGGCGUCGUUAACAGGAGCAAGUGACCCCUCCGAGCUGCCGCCAUGGCCCUGGUUCAGGCUCCGCCCCUCUCUGCCGAGCCGCACAACCCAGGCCACGGUGGAGGAUCCCGCAGGAGACACCCGUCCAGCUCUUCCCCCUCCACCAACGCCGCCGCGCGCCCCGCCCCCUUCCAGGACUACCGCUCCUUCGCCGAGCCGGGGGCGAAGGGCCGGCGGCCCACGCCAGGCGCCUCCUGCCUGGGUUCGGAGUCGCCCCCCCCGGACCCUCUGUUUCUUCAGGGCGCCGCGACGUCCGGCACGUGGGCGGAGAAGGAGAGCGGGAACGGGAACCACGCCUAUCGGAGCGAGGACUACGCAGGCGACUGGAACGACAACCGCUUGGCGCGCGGCAGCCUGGGAAGUGACGCAGACGAGACCAAAGCGUCGGGGUUUAAUGGCACCAUGGGAGGCCCUCCUCCAAAACUCAUCCCUGUGUCUGGAAAACUUGAGAAGAACAUGGAGAAAACGGUGCUGCGGCCCACUGCCUUCAAAGCCGUCAUUCCAAAGAGCCGCGCCGCCAUGCAGUACCUCUCCCCCCGCCACUGUGCCAACGCGCCGGAGAGCCAGAACAACCUGAACCUGCUUAGCCCCGCCCACACGGAGGCGCUGCCGCCCUCCGAGAGGAGCUGCGCGUACAGCCGGGCCCGCGUCGGCUCCCAGCUGAGCGACUCGGGACGCAACUCCCUCUCCAGCCUCCCGCCCUGCGGCGGCGGAUACGGGCCGGCAUCGGGGGAGGCCCCCGCCGGCCACCCGGUGCCCGUGAAGGGCACGGCGGCGGCGGGCGGCGGCCACGGACACUCCAACUCGGACAGCGGGCGCUCGUCCUCCAGCAAGAGCACGGGCUCCGGCUCCAUGAGCGGCCGGGGCCAGCCGCCGUCCGACAGCGGGUCCGGCGGGCGCUCCCCCGGCCCGGCGGAGGGAUACGAGGGGCUGGUGAGGGACCUGGAGGACAAGCUGAGGGAGAGGGAGCUGGAGCUGCUGCAGCUCCGGGACCACCUGGACGAGAACGAGGCCGCCAUCUGUCAGGUUUACGAGGAGAAGCAGAAGCGCUUCGAGCUGGAGCUGGAGGAGCUGAGGCAGGGCUGUGCCACCAGGAUGCAGGGGGCCUCGCAGAAGGCCCAGCGUGCCCAGCAGGUGGCCCAGUUGCAGGUUUAUCAGCUGCAGCAGGAGAAGAAGAAGCUGCAGGAGGACUUUUCUCAGCUUCUGAAGGAGAGGGAGCAGCUGGAGGAGCGCUGCACCUCCUAUGAGCACGAGAAGAUCCAGAUGGGGCCCCGACUGGAGGAGAGCAAGUGGGAGGUGUGUCAGAAGUCGGGGGAGAUCUCGCUGCUGAAGCAGCAGCUGAAGGAGGUGCAGGGGGAGCUGGCCCAGCGCGUGGGCGAGGUCGUCCUGCUGCGGGGUCAACUCAGGGAGACUCGCGGCGAGCUGACCGACACCCAGCUCCUGCUCCAGGAGGCCACCGGCGCCGCCCGCACGCGGACCCUGGAGCUGGAGGUGUGCGAGAACGAGCUCCAGCGGCGCAAGAGCGAGGCGGAGCUGCUCAGGGAGAAGGUGGGGCGCCUGGAGGGGGAGCUGUUUCACCUGCGGGACGCUUUGGCCAACCAGGGCCCGGGGAACCGACAGUGCCAGGUGUUCCAGGAGGCCGAGGAGCGCCUGCUGGCCUACGAGAGCGAAGAGGCGAAGGCCCAGCGGCUGGGCGGGGGGGGCGGCGGCGGCGGCGCCGAGGCGCGGGCGGACGGGAUGAAGGCCGAGCUGGACUACGAGCGCCAGCGGGCCCAGCAGCAGGCCGGGGGCUUCGAGGAGGAGCGCAGGAUGUGGCAGGAGGAGAAGGACAAGGUCCUCCGCUACCAGCAGCAGCUGCAGCAGAACUACGUGCAGAUGUACCGCAGGAACCGAGAGCUGGAGCAGCUCCUGCGGGAGCUCAGCCAGGAACUGGAGAGCAGGGAGGAGGACGAGGGCAGCGGCAACGAGAUCAUCUUCGACGAGAUCGCCGCCACGGAAAUUUGACCCCCUCCCCUCCCUUACGCUCCCCCAUGCGUCUCCCUUAUCUUUGGAUUUGCACUACUGUCAGCGUGUUCUCUCUGCUUGACCAGACCUCUCCCACGUUUUUUUUUAUUUUUUUAUUUGACGCAUUCGCGGGACAAUUUGUCAUCCGUGAGUAACUCCCUCGCACUCGACCUUUCGCUCGCUCGUGAGUCCACACACACUCCCACUCGGCGUGAGCAGCCCGCUCUGGUGAGACGUGGGACCGCGCACAUUCAGCGCGUCGUGAUGCGUGCGAGUGAAUCACAGGCCGGCGGGCCCCCCCCCCACGUGACCCACGGGGCAAACAGUAGGUGUUUCCAGAAGAAGUCCACUUUCAGAAAAUAUAUGUGGGGCCAAAAAACACUCCAGUUCUCCUGUCUCUCUGGUUGAUUUGUUUUAGAGCUCUACCCCUCCUCCACACAUCCUGACCACUUAAACCCUAAAUGCUGGGAAGAAAAUCAUGAACAUCUGGGUUGAAUACAGCCUUAAUGGGACAGUGUGGAUUUUUUCAUGUGGUGUUUGUAAAAGGUAUUGAACUCAUAACCUACAAGUAACGGGGGGAGGGCCCUUUAAAUAGCUCAUUAAAGCGGCUUGUUGCACCUGCACGUUUCCACCGUGGCUGGACUUUCCUGCGUGUGCACGAGUUAUCCAACUGAACACUUCCUGCUAAGACACAGUAAACAUUUACAGUAAUACCUCAUCGUCACACGUUGAUGUAUAAAUAUCUGAACUCCCCAUUUCCUGCUGCUCACCAUGCAGCAAACUACUGAGGGGCUGGGGGAUUUAUUGGUCGUCACGUCGUCCUAAAAACCACUGGCGGUUCUUAAAUCCCAUUAAUGCUAAAUGUUCGGUCAUUUCUGCCUCCCAAAGAACGCCAAACCGCUGCCUUAAGUUCGCCUGCUCCUCGGAGGCUCCUGGUUUGGUGCCUUCGUUAUGUUUUAAGAACGUAUUCCAUCCAUUGCCUGAAUGCAAGUCAUAUAUCAAUUUAUGGUUAUAAAAGUAGUAGUCGUAGUGUUUCUUUCCAGUAAAACAGAUGUUUUACAGUUAAAACCCUCUAUAAAAAGGUUGCUUAUUGUGUGUAUUCUUUACACCCCUGACAGAAAACCUUCCCUGGGUGUUUUGGUGUAAAGUGUCACAUUCACAGCAUUACAUCCGCUUCGUGUUUAUUUUACUUUGCCUGUACGGCGGAACCAGAAGAACAGAGAGCAUCUCCGUUUUCUGCUGAUUGAGCCGUUGCCCUCUGUAAAUAACCCCGAAGCUUCAUUCCACCCCCGAAACCCCUACAACAG